ACGAGGCCGGGGGCGGCGACGGCCUCGGGUGCCGCUCCGCUGCCGCGGAGCUCCCAACAGUGGCCGCCCUGGCAAGAGGAGAUCGACGUUGGCGCCGCUGGAGCUUUCCAGCAACAGGCGUGCCGCGCGGCCGGCGCUGCCCCCACCCCCGCUCCCUGCCCCGCGCAGCCCCGCCCCCGCCUCACUCCCCUCCGCCGCCCCACACCCCCCGACCGCCUCCCCCCGCACGCCGCCGCCCCCGCCCCCCGGCCCAGGCGCGGCGCGGCGGACAGGCGCGAGCGCAGCACGCGGACGUCGGCACCGGGCGGGCCGGCGGCGCCCGCGCGCCCCGCCAUCACGGUGGAGGACCUGCGGCGCGUGCAGCUGCGCAAGACGGCGACGUUGGAGCCCCUGGAGAGGAGGCCGUCGACGCUGCCGCCGCCGCUGGUGUCGCUGGAGCAGCUGCGCGGCGUGAGGCUGCGCCCCAGCCACCAGCGCGCGGGGAGCCACUCGCGCGCGGCCACUCCGCACCGCGCGUCCGCCACCGCCACGCCCGCCCGCCGGCGCACCCCCGACUCGCCCAGCAGGGAGAUGACUCCACAAUCUCGGGUUCUGACUAGUCUGGACACAAACUUGAAAGUGAAGAGAAAUUGUGCUGAGAUAUGCAAAGACAAUGCCAAGGAUUCUCCAAAUACCAGUUGCUCCAGAACGCCCAAAAGAAGUCGCUCUGGCACAUUUAUUGAAUAAAAAGCACAUUUAAUGCCUUUUGUUUUAUUUUUUAUAAGUUGCUGUAAAUAUUUGGUUGCAACAUAAUUUCACAAUUCAUUAUAGAUCAUGGUGUGAAAUUACGAUGAAGAUACACUAAUUAAUUCUGUGAUGUCUUCUGCUAUUGAUAGAAUAUGAUUAACUGUGAUAGAAAUAAAAAUAUUUACUGUGAUUAUUGAUGGAAAGGGGUAACCUAACCCUUGCAUAACAAAUUUACUAAAAAUGUGAAGCAAGUUUCAAGUCUAUGGCUGUUACAAAAAGAUCUCCAAACAAAAUAUCCAAAUAACUUUGCUUAACUAAAAAAUUUAUGAUAAUGCUAAGGAGCCUUUGACAUACUGCUAUGAGUGGUUAAGUUUAUAGUAUUACUAGUGCAUGUACAUUUAUUAUAUAAAAGUGAUGCAAGCUAUAUUAAUUUAUGUAUGAAAAAGUGAAUUAUUGUAUUUUUUUUUGUAUAUUAAAAAAGUGACCACAGU